UAGAAUUGGAAAGUGCACUUAAUCAUAAAGAGUAUCAAGGACAAAACAAUGGUACUGCUUGCGACACUGUUUGGACCCCUUUGCUCGCUGUGGCGGGGGACCGUUGCUUUAAAAUGCUUGUUGCAUUUUAAACUUUUAACCGCUAGAUGUCAGUGUAGGACAAUUGUAAAAAACGGCUCGAACGCCAUCAAGUGUAUGACGUUAGCAAACAACCGAAACAUUGACCAUAUUUAAAGUAGAAAGCAUUUUGGUUUUAUAAUUAAUGUAUUCAAACGUAUGACGGGUACCCAGUUUUGUAUUAUUUUAUGUGGUUUAAAAGGUAAAAGUUGACGUAAUUUUCUUCUCGAAUUUAAACUUUCCUACAGCCACUGAAGACAUCACUAGAGAUGGACCUGCGUCUCCGGGCUGGAUGCGGGACGCCGGCGAACGGGCUGUGCUGCGUCAACAUGUCGGCCGUCGUCUGCCUUAAAUGAACAGUUGGCCCCGAGAGUCGCAUAAAAAACGUGGGCGGGGGGAUAAAAAGAAUCGUGCAUGCGCACCUUCAGAUGAACAGCAUCUGGCGUGCAACUCCGACUCUUCCUGUCUCCAGCAGCUGGCGCGAAGUACAAUGGGACGCCCCCAGAUCGGUGUAUCCCCGCUUGCGAUGGCAGGAUUGCGCGCGUAACCCCCCACCCCCCAUCCGCUUUUGGAUCGAACGUCUUGUAUUUGUGCCGUGGUGAAAAAUGGCGACUGGAGCAGGCUGGCAGCCCGCUUACGGAACCUCGACGAGCGGCUCCAGCAGCAGCGGCGGCGGAGCCAAAUACGUCCCGUCGUCAACAUCGAGCAUGUUCUACGACGCGAGUUUGACGCUGGAAUACACGCAAGACCUCCAUUUGAAGAUGAGUAAAAAGAUUGCGCAGUUGACCAAGGUUAUCUAUGCUCUCAACACCAAGAACGACGAGCACGAAGAAGAGAUUGAUUCAUUGAAGGAAGCCCACGAGGAUGAGGUGCAGCAUAUCGUGACAGAAACCCGAGACAAGAUUAUGCAGUACAAGAGCAAGAUGGUGGAUGAGGCCGAUCUGCGCCGGCGGCUGGCCAGUCUGGAGGAAUCUGUCGAAUUACAUGAACACAUGAAAAGACAGGCUCUGGCAGAGUUUGAGAUGUACAGACAAAGAAUGGAGGAUUCACAGCUCUGCACUGAAGCCCAACACACACAGCGAGUGGUUUCCAUGAGCAGAGAGGUGGAGGAGAUGCGUCGGGAUUUUGAGGAGAAGCUGCGGGCAUUCAGCCAGGCUCAGGCCCAGUUUGAGGCGGAUAAGCGGCGAGCGCUGGAGGAGCUGAGGUCCAACCACCGCCAUGAGGUGGAGGAACUGCUAAACAACCAGCAGAACCAGAGCGCCACUUCCACCGAAGACCAGGAGAAAUUGGCUGAGCUCCAUAGACAAGAGGUGGAGUCUUUAAUGGAGAGGGUGGAAGAGCUGACAAAGGACAAGGUUCGGGUGGUUGAGGAGUACGAGGCCAAACUGGCCAAGGCUCAGGAGUACUACGAGCGGGAGCUGGAGGCCAUGACCAGGACGCACCAGCUCACCACCGAAAACCUGCUCGCCUGGAAAAGGACCGAGGUUGAGCUUCGAAAAGAGUUCCAGGCGCAGGAGGCGGCACUGCAGCGCUCACUCUCAAAGCUGAGGAAUGAGCUUCAGAGGGCCCAGGAGGAGGCGCGAGAGAACCGGGACAAGACCAACAGACUGCAGACGUCACUGGUUAAUGCUGAGGGAACCAUCAAGAACCUGCACAAGCAGCUGGAAGAAGCCAUCCAGGAUGGUGAAAUUUGGGUGAUGCAGCUGAAAGACACCGAGUAUGAGCUGGAGGGCUGCAGGGAACGAGUGCAGCAGCAAGCAACGGAAAUCCUCCACAAAGCUAGUCAGAUUGGCUCCCUACAAGCCACCCAGAUGGCCCACGAGGCAUCCAUAAAGAACCUGGACCAAGAGCAGAGUCGGCUGAAGGAGAAGAUUGGCAGGCUGGAGCAGGAGAGGGAGGCCCUGCUUAACCAGAACCAGGUGGCCAGCGAGCAGCACAAACAGCAAGUGCUGAAACUGGAGCAGUCUCUGCGUGAGGAGCACCAGGGCUACGAGAAGGAGCUCUCCAUACUAAGAGCUCACUAUGAGGAGGAGACGCGUCGCUACAAGGAGGCACAGGUCCGGGCGUUGGAGGAAAUGGAGGAGAAACACCGAGCCAUGAGGGAGGAGGCUCAACAGGAGAAAGAGGAAGAGAAGAAGCUUCUUAUGAUGAAAAUGAGUCAGGAGUUUGAGAUAAAACGCCUGUCUCUGGAGGAGCAGCGAGACCGAGUGCAGCAGCAACUGGACAACUUGAAAGAGGAGCUCUCUGCCAAGCUCAACAUGGCCAAUCAAGAGGUGUCCCACCUCCAGGAGCUGAUGAGGGAGCGAGACCAGAAUGUGAGCUCAGCACAGAACCAGAUCACCUGCUUGAAAGAAACACAGGAGAAGCUCAAGAUAGAGCUGGACGCCACCAGAGCUCGGGUUCGCGAGACUAGCAACCUGCUAACAGAUCUGCAGGAGGAGAUUGAGACCCAGAAACAGCAGCAUGAAGCCCGAGUGAUGUCCAUCCGAACCGAGGAGAAGCAGAAGAUGGACAAGAUGGCCGACAACCUGGAACAAAAAUGGAGAGAAGCACUUCGUGAAGAAGUGCGGUUGUUGAGGGAGGAGCUGAGCGAGGAAUACGAUGCUGACAAGCAGGCAGCCUUGACUCAACUGUCCCAGCAGAAGGAGCUGGAAAUGAUGGCCGCCAGGGAAGGCUGGCAGAGGAAGGUGGAGGACCUGCUCGAACAGAUCUCUCUGUUGAAGCAGUCUCUGGAGUUGCAGCUGUCCCAGUCGCAGUCGGCCCUCCAGCAGCUGCAAUCUCAGUUCAGCCAGGAGAGGGAGCUGCUCGGCCAGCAACUCAAAGAGAUGCAGAGAGAACAUCAGAGGAGGGAACAUCGACUACAAGAGGCUCACUGUUGCGCACUGAGCACUAUGGAGGAGGCUCGGCAGCACCAGAUCCGGGCCCUGGAGGAGCGUCUGAAGCAGGAGCAGAGGGAGGAGGUUCAUGCUCUAAAGGAGGCCCACAGGAGGACCUUGGACAUCCUCAGACAGCAGUCAGACCAGGAGCUGCAGACGCUGCGAUUUGAACUGGAAGACGAGGGCAAAGCCAAACUGGCAUCACUCCGUGCUGAGCUAAACCACCUCCACGCGACUGCCAUCGAGCAUCUAAAGCAGAUCCACCUGAAAGAAAAUUCGACUGCCAAACGGGAACUGGAGAAGGCCAUGGAGCAUAGCCGCCAACAAGAGCAAGAGCUGCUGGUUCGUAUCUCAGACUUGCAGGCGGAUGUGUGUUCCCGAAACAACCGCAUCACAGAUCUGGACCACGAGAUCCAUUCUUUGAAUGAGACCAUUGACACCUUGACUCGUGAGCUAGAGUUGAAAGGCAAAGAGUUGCUUCGGGUCCGCAGUGAAGCUAAUCAUCAGAUAAGGGCUCAUGAGCAAGACUUUGCAAAGAGGCAAGAGAGGGAACUGGGAGAGCUCAGUGUGGUCCAUCACAGAGAGACUCAUAUCAUGUUGGCAGACUUCAACAAAGCUCAGGAGGUUCUCAAAGACAAGAUUACUGCAUUGCAAAUAAUUCUGGAGGGGACAGAAGAGAAGUUGAGGAACCGAGAGAGCCGACCCGAAGAUCUGCAUCUUAUCGCAGAGCUCCGUGAGAUGGUCACAGAGAGAGAGGCUUUGGUCAAAAAGCUGGUGGAUGACAAAAAGUUUUAUCAGUUGGAGCUGGUCAACAGAGAGACGGGCUUCAGCAAGGUCUUCAACUCCAGUGCCAAUGUUGGGGUCAUCAACCCUCUUAUCAAGCCGAAACCAGGCAGCCAAUCAGAUCAACGCUUGGCCAGCUUUCCUAGCCAGUCAGCUCUCCGAUUCGUCAGCCCUCCCGCCGUGAGUCGUGCGAGUGAGGAAGCGGAGGGUCGGGAAGUGGAGGAGGUAGGACCGGGCCCAUUUGCGCCUCCCCACUCCCCCCUCCAACGCGCCCUCCCCCGGCUUAAGAAACCUCCGCCCAUCCUCCGUCCUCUCCCUCACAUCCCUCAGCAUCCGCCACCUUUUCCUUCUCAUCCCCCGCCAAGUCAUGCGCUUGCCCAUUCUCCUCAUCCUCAGGAGCCGCAGCAUCAGGCAAGUUGUAGGAGGUGAGAACUCAUGUAACUUGCUGCCUCAGCUGCCUUGCGAUGAUGCGGCGGCCGCGUUUUGGUGCCCCCGCUCCUGGUCACCAGCCACCUUCCAUUUUAGUUUUCUUUUCAACCACCCUCACCCCUUUCAUCCAUCACUGUGUUACCGUCAUCCCCAACCCUUAAACGAGGCCCCCUAUGCGGACUCACCUCAUUCUUGUCACGUAAUUCUUCAUUGGGAGGAAUCAAAGUUGAAAUAAGACAAAAAGGAACUCGCCCUUCUAACAAUGGAUUUGAAGAGAAAUUGUUAUCAUUUGAGAAAAAUCAUGACGUUAUAGCAACCAUUUUUGGAGUCAUUAUGCUUUUACUUUCUAAUUCUGUCCAUCAGAUGACCAUUACAGCUUUUGAGGAACAGGCUUCAAAUCCCACUCUCAUUUUAGUUGCUAAGAAAAGGAGGCCAAGCUUACAAAUCAAUUCCAGUAAAAAUUCAAAUUGAAAGCAACAAUAGUGCACAGGCUGCAAAUGUCAGACUCAAGAUAACGUCUGUAAUAUGUUUCUCUCAGAGUGGACCUGUGAGCAUCCAUUAUGGAAACUGUGAAGGACAAACUAAAAUCUGACUCAUCAGGACAAAAAUAAAUAUGAGUAAUAUUCAGCUACAAAAAACAUAUAAGCAUAAAGAACGUUAAAUCUGAUAAACUGGCUAUAAAUUGCACUAUUUUGCAUCAGUAGGAUACCCAGUUGUGUUCAUAAAUUUACACACCCUGGCAACAUUUGUGAAACACUGACGAUCAUGGAGAAAAUGUUUCUUUUAUUUAGGAUUCCGGGGUCAAGUGAAGCCAUAUGUUAUGUAAUUUUGCGUGCCAUUUUAAAAUUGCAAUGACAACUGAGGUCACCCAAAUGGUCCUGAUCAGACGUUUAGCAACCCUUGAAUGUUUGUUCUCCGCACACAGGUUUAAAUGGCCUAUUAAAGAUGCAGUAUAUGCUUCCAUGA